CAGCAGCUGUAAAUGACUAUAGUGACUUACAUCACUGUUACUGUACAGCUGAAGUGUCUUUGCUGGAGCACUUUGAACCCUGAUGACACCUUGACAACAGCGUGCCUUUGAAAGCCUUCACAGAUGACUACUGAAAUUCAUCUGAGACAACUGGGGAUAUUCAAUGGAUUUGUGAUUUAAUGUCUUUUCUGGCUUUGUUUAUGGCAUUAGUGAAUGAGAGGACCUUGGUGAUGUCUUUUAUCUGGUGGCGACAGACAAGGUAACAGGAAAGCUGAGUUCAACUCUUUCAUGGGUGAAGAACUCAGUGUCGCAUACGGUGAGUCAGAUGGCUAGUCAGGUGGCAACACCCUCUUCGCUGCACACCACAGCGGCUUCGUCAACUACCUCGCUGUCCUCGCCCUCCUCGGCCUCCCCGUCCCUGCUCAGCCCGGAUGAUGUGGAGCUGUUGGCCAAACUAGAGGAGCAGAACAGGUUGUUGGAGACAGACAGUAAAUCUUUACGUUCCGUAAAUGGCUCACGGAGGAACAGUGGCUCCUCGCUGGUGUCCAGUUCUUCAGCCUCCUCCAAUUUAUCACACUUGGAGGAGGAUACAUGGAUUAUGUGGGGACGAAUCGUCAAUGAGUGGGAGGAUGUGCGGAAGAAGAAGGAAAAGCAACUGAAGGAUUUGGUUAGGAAAGGAAUUCCCCAUCACUUCCGAGCAAUAGUGUGGCAGCUGUUAUGCAAUGCCCAGAAUCUUCCCAUAAAGGAACAAUACUCUGAGCUGCUGAAGAUGACCUCCCCCUGUGAAAAACUCAUCCGUAGGGACAUUGCCCGGACCUACCCUGAACACGAGUUCUUUAAGGAGAAAGACAGUUUGGGACAAGAGGUGCUCUUUAAUGUUAUGAAGGCUUAUUCUCUGGUUGAUAGAGAGGUGGGCUACUGUCAGGGAAGUGCUUUCAUUGUUGGCCUUCUUCUUAUGCAGAUGCCAGAAGAGGAAGCUUUCUGUGUGUUUGUGAAACUGAUGCAAGAAUACAGGCUGAGAGAGCUUUUUAAACCCAGUAUGGCCGAACUGGGUCUUUGCAUGUACCAGUUUGAAUGUAUGAUUCAGGAGCAGCUCCCAGAGCUUUAUGUGCACUUCCAGGCCCAGAGUUUUCAUACCUCCAUGUAUGCAUCAUCCUGGUUCCUCACAAUCUUUCUUACCUCAUUUCCUCUUCCUGUUGCCACAAGGAUCUUUGACAUCUUCAUGUGUGAGGGUUUAGAAAUAGUGUUUCGUGUGGGAAUGGCCAUCCUGCAGAUGAAUCAGGCUGAACUAAUGCAGUUGGACAUGGAGGGGAUGUUGCAGCACUUUCACAAGGUCAUCCCUUACCAGCUUGAAAGUGGACCAGACAAAGUAAUUCAAGCUGCUUAUCAAGUCAAAUACAAUGCCAAGAAAAUGAAAAAAUUGGAAAAGGAAUACACUACAAUCAAAACCAAGGAGAUGGAGGAACAGGUGGAGAUCAAGAGACUACGCACAGAAAACAGACUUCUAAAGCAGCGAAUAGACACUUUGGAAAAAGAAAGUGCUUCUUUGGCAGAUAGAUUGAUUCAGGGUCAGGUGACUCGAGCCCAAGAGGCAGAGGAGAACUAUCUGGUCAAGCGGGAACUGGCCACAGUUAAACAACAGAACGAAGAGACCAGCGCACAGCUGGAGCAGGCGCAAAACACCAUCCGACAGCUCCAACAUCAGCCCUAUUUGAAGAUGAACCCACGUUACUCUGAGGAGUUUAUUCUGCAGUUGGAGAGGGAGCUUGUGCAGGCCAGACUUAAGGAAGCUGAGUCCCAGUGUGCACUGAAAGAGAUGCAAGACAAAAUCCUCGACAUGGAGAAGAGAAACUCAUCACUGCCAGAUGAGAAUAAUGUGGUUCGUUUACAAGAAGAACUAAUUGGUGUAAAGCUGCGGGAGGCGGAGGCUCUAACAGGCCUGAAGGAGCUUAGACAGCAGGUCAGAGGUCUUGAGGAUCACUGGCAGAGGCAUUUGGCGCGCACCGCGGGCCGGUGGAAAGACAGCCCACGAAAAAAUGCAACAAGCGAACUGCAGGACGAGCUGAUGAGCGUGAGGCUUAAAGAGGCCGAGGCUCAGGCUGAACUAAGAGAGACCAGACAGAGGAUGCUGGAGCUGGAGACACAGAAUCAAAUACAUAGUAAUCAAUUGCGACGGGCGGAACAGGAGUCACGAAGCCUACAGGAGCAACUGCAGGCUAUGACCAGCCAGAGCAAGAUGCUGCAUGCAGAGCUGCAGGAGACAAAGCGGAAACAGGCUGAAAUAGAGUGCAAGAACAAAGAAGAGGUAAUGGCAGUGAGGUUGAGAGAAGCAGACAAUAUAGCUGCCAUGGCUGAACUUCAACAGCAGAUAUCUGAACUUGAGAUUCAGAAAGAGGAAGGAAAGGUCCAAGGCCAGCUAAACAACACAGACUCCAGCCAGUACAUACGAGACCUCAAAGACCAGAUAGCCGAUCUCAAAGACGAGAUUCGGUGUUUAAGAGGACAAAGGGGUUUACACAACCAACCCAGUUUUGAUGGAAUUCAUAUAGUCAAUCACUAUGGGGGAGGCAAUGAAUCCUACCUGUCUUCUGAUGAAGAUGGAGUGAAGAUGUCACCCUGCCUGACCGGUCGUCAGAUUAGAGGCCGGAUCACACUACACCCGAAUCUUGGGGACUCUGAAAGCGAUGAUGAUGAUGAGGAUGGAGAUGACCUACAGCUUACUGUGCCCUCGAAUGACAACCGUAAAACGACUACAGUGUGAUCGCGUGCAUCGAUGACGUAGACUGCCAUCUAAAAUCUGGGAAAGAGCGCAUACAUCCUCUCAUGUAAGAGGAAACAUUAAAAACUUGCCUACAUUGCAUUGAGCAUGGAGAACUUGAAAAGUCCUUGUUCAUCUUUACAAAUGAACUUUGGAGUCGUAUUUCUUAUAAAGUCAUGGUUUACAUCUGCAUUUGUUUUGUUUUUGCCAAAAUGCAUCGGAUGUUUGUCAUGGCACUUUAUUGUUCCUAAUUUUAGGUGCAGUGUGCCUCUCUAGACUCUUGAGAUCAUAGUAAUGAAGAUCAUCAUAUUGUGGAAGGAGAUUCACAAAUCUUUAAAACAUCACCUUUGGGGGUUUCAAAUACCCUAGAAUGGUUUUCUUAUAACGAGACGAGAUUUUGUAUGGCGUAGUAUUUUAUGCAUACUUGUAAGUUUUCAUCGUCAUAGCUUUUAUUUUUUAAAUCAUCCAUUUUUUUAAACCAACAAUGAGAAACCGGUGAGUGAAUUUGCUGGAGUAUAUACCUUUAAGGGAAGCUUAUUAAACUAUUGAACACUAUAGUUUUUAAAUGGACAUUAAACUUAUCCCAUAUCAAUACAACAGUGUCAUAUCAAAAGUUUGCAAGUACAAAUCGAUUGUCUCCUGGCAUGAAUCAUAUGAUUGGGUCUUCAUAGUGUUUAUAAAGUGUUUGUCCCAAAUUCAACAUCUUUGUAUAUAUGUACAUGUUUUUCAUCUCCAUUAUUACUUGAAAAUGAAUUUAGUGGAUGUCUUGUCUAUAUUGUAAUGUAUUGUACAGUUUAGUUGAAAGGGACGUAUUAUUGAUUUUGGGAGGUCUUCAAAGAUGAUUUCCUGGCACACUGCUCUUCAGUAACUGUAAAGUACUGUAAUUUUGAGAGGGCAUCGGUUCUCUUUCUCAGAGGAUCAAGUUUUGUUAAAAUUUGCCUGGAAAAGUUCUACAAAAAUCUUAUUUACAUGUUUUAAUAUGUGGUAUGUUGAGCAUGUUAUGAAUUCUUGCAAACUAGUGGAAUUUGAGGCAGAGGGAGAUUCUUCAAUUUUCCCAAGCCAAGUGGUCUAUGUCUAUGCCAUCACGGGCAGUGAAAUUUCAAACCGUCUUACUGCCCUUCCUUUUACAGCCACAUUUAUAACUCAAUAACUUGUGAACUGAUUUGUAGUUUUGCACAAAGGACAAGCAAUGCAUUCGAUUUUCCACAAAUGCUACUUUUUACUGUUUAUGGCCAUGAUCAGAUAUCAUUUACAGUUGCUUCCAUCUAUAUGUUUGUCAUUCAGUUCCAGUGAGUUUAAAUACUUCAAUUUGAGAAAUUCAAAGACAUUUAAGUUGAGAAUCGUCUUUUGAGAAAACUAAUUCCAUGAAAAUUGUACAUCAGUAACAUAAGCCUGCUGUCAAGCUGGUGUUGAGUUUGAAUGGAGAUGAUACUAACUGAAAGCAAACUACUAUUGAUAUGAUGUUGGUACACUAAUUGCCCACUUUUAAAAUUACCAGUCCAGCGAAAUAAAAACUUUGCAAACCAUUUUUUGUCAAAGUACAACACACUACUGUGGUUUGAUCGAGUAAUAAACGUUAUUUAAAAUAAAGUAAAUCUUUCAGCAGUGUUUAUAGAAUGAUUCACGUUGAAUUCAGGUGAAAACGGAAUGUUUCUGUGGACUGUUGGCUACAGAGGCUUUGCACACCUUUGAGUGUUUUGACGAUAAAAUGGCAUUUGACAAAAAACAGCAUUUGAUAUAGGCUUAUGACUUCUGUGCCUUGUUUUCCAUGCACAAAAAUAAAAAAAAUACAAAGUAACGUUAUUG